GAGCCAAGUCUAUAUGGUAGCAGCUCGAUCGGAGGCCUGCCAGUAUCAAUUGAGCCGGCGACAGCAACAGUUCUCGCAUCUUAACCGAAUCUUCUCGAGAAAUCCCAACACAAAUGGCAACUGCAACCAGCGGCAGUGGACUCCAUCUGGAGGCCAUCGAUCGCAUCGGCUCCAUUCCCCUGGUGGAAUCCAGUGUGAAACGGGUGGAGACCAUCUACGAUAAGGUGAAGAACAACAAUAGGCUAUUCUCCUGGUACUUUGAGACGGCGGAGGCCACCAUUUCGGCCGCCUACGAAACCAUCCAGCCGGCGGUCAAGCUCUUCGAGCCAUCCAUUCAGCGCCUGGACAACGUGAUGUGCAAGAGCCUGGACAUCCUGGAGCAGCGCAUACCACUGGUCUAUCUGCCGCCCGAAAUGAUGUACUGGAACACCAAGGAGUACAUGUCCGAUCACCUGGUGCGUCCGGUUCUGAAGCGCGCCGAUUCCGUCAAGCAAAUCGGUAAUGCUGUCCUCGAGAGCCCACUUACCACUUAUGCAGCCGAGCGCAUUGAUGGCGCCUUCACAGCCGGCGAUAAGUUCGUGGACAAGUACCUGGUGCCCAUCCAAACGGAUCAGGAUCAGACCGACGUGAAAAAAUUGGUUUCGGCCCUGAAUGGUAACUUUUCGCCGAUUCGACAACAAUUAAACCGAAUGUUUGACCACAAAAGCCCACAGGAGGAUGAUAACGAUGCCGUGCCGGACGAGAAGGGCGCCAUCAAGGCGAUCCAUCAUGGUCAGCGCUUCUCCCGCAAACUGAAGCGCCGCCUCACCCAAAGAACCAUAGCAGAGGCUCGCGCCCUCAAAAAGCAGAGCAAGGAGGCGAUCCACGUGCUCUUCUAUGCCGCAGAAUUGAUUGCCACCGAUCCAAAGCAGGCCGUUCAAAAGGCCAAGGAACUGUGGGUCUAUCUCAGUGCAGAUGAACCCGAGAAUCAAGCGAGGCCCGCCACUCUGGAGCAGUUGAUUGUGCUACUGACCCGCGAAUCGGCUAGGCGUGUGGUGCAUCUGGUGAACUUCAGUGCUCAUGUGGCAGCCAACAUACCCAGAAACCUGGCACACACGACAACAGAGGUUGCCCACCAUAUUAUCUAUAUCAACCACCGCAUCAUCACAAUCUCCCGACUGGACAAGGUUAAAACCAUCUCAGAGGAGGCUGAAUCUCUCUUCAAGCGCAUGCUGGCGUUCUAUGGUAGCCUUCAGGGCCUGACCAAUACCUACCUGGAGCGCGUAGCCAGCUUUCUAUCCGGACGCAUGGAGGCCGAGAAGGUGACGGGCAGCGAUGGCGGCAAUUCCAACCACAGGUCAUCGCGGAGGAGGCAGGAUCCGAACCAUUAUUCAGCCACCCACAAUAACAUCAACGGCGUCUACUAGCAUUGAAUUCUUUAUUGCUAUCGUAUUUUUAUUUCUCAUGAUAGAGUUCUGUUUCUCCGUGCAUAUACGGAAAAUACAGUAAACGAUAUUGUACAUCUAUUUUUAACAUAAUGCAUUUGACAAUAAUAUAAGCCUAACUUCACGCUUAACAAUCCUAGUGUGCUUAAAA